CUCGAGCAGGAGUAGCUUUCAGUAUUUGGAACGCUAUCGAAGCGCGCUGUUCUUCAAGCUGUUUCUUCGUCGUAUUUUUCAAUGGUCGAGCGUUGAAACGUAGCCGCGCUAAUGAGUUACCUUCACGUUCUUCCUUAAUAAACAGAAAAGAAAAAAUCCACCAAACGUCGCGCCUCUUUCUAUCGAUAAAUUCACCGUUAUCGUCGAAAUUUCAUCCGUUAAAUCGCCGAUAUAUUUGUUUUUUCUUUUAUAAUCGGGGAUCAAUUGGCAAAAGUAUCGAGAGGAAAAGUUAUCGUUAUCUCGUGACGAGAUCGAAGUUACCGACAAAUUUCGCGAGUGAAAAAUCUUCGUUUAAUUAUUUGCAAAAACCAAAGAAAAAAAAAAAGAAGGAAAAAUCACUUACAUGAGUACCUCGAAGAAAUUGUUCGGGAGAUGGAGGACGAGGAAUGGUAACGAUCAAAGGAUGACGGUGAGAUCAUCGAUGGUUUACGGAGACUCGUCGGAAUGUCAAAGGAACAGGGAAAACAGCGAAUGAAGAUGAAAAAGUUUCGUACGUAAAAAAAAUGGCACCGUUCCAUGGCAUGGCCCUUAUAUUGCUUGGAAUCGGGUACCUGUUACACGCAGAACCGCCUUCCGGUCAUCGGAACUUAGCGGUGCAACGACUCGACGAGGGAAAACCGGACAAAGGGGAACGUUCGCAACGAGGGACGAAGAGGACGUAUUUUUAUAAAGACUCGACUCAAAAAGUGACCGCCGUUGUGGGACAAACUGUUGUGCUGUUGUGUCGUGUUCAGAACUUGGGGAACAGAACCGUGUCUUGGAUUCGAAAAAGGGACUUACACAUCUUAACGUCCAUGUCGGUGACUUAUACGAGCGACGCAAGAUUUACGAUAGUCGGCAAUCCGGAGCACGACGACUGGAAUCUACGAAUAGAUUACGUGCAACCACGGGACGCCGGCAUUUACGAGUGUCAAGUUAAUACAGAACCGAAGAUAUAUAGGGCGGUUACUUUGAAAGUUUUGGAUGUGCAGGCGAAGAUCACGGGACCAGAAGACGUGUACGUGAAGAAAGGUAGCACGAUCAGUCUCACCUGUAUCGUGAACGUGCAGGAUAUUCCUCCGAGCAACGUGACUUGGUACCAUGCCGGCGCGGUGAUCGAUUUCGAUGGUCCAAGGGGUGGCGUGUCCCUGGAAACGGAGAAAGGUAAGAACGGGACUACCAGCAAGCUGCUGAUAACACGCGCUCACAUCGAGGACAGCGGCAAUUACACGUGCGUCUCGAGCAAGAUUGCCCCGGCUAGCGCGAUGGUUCACGUGUUGAACGGCGAACAUCCCGCGGCGAUGCAGCACGGUGGCACCGGCAACAUCAACAAGAGAGCUAUUUUAUUCAGCCUGGUCCUGCUAGUGGACACGAUCUUUCGGUGAACGAGCAUCUCUUACCCGAGUGGCUGUCUCCGUCAAGGCGUACACCAUCGUCGUUCUCGCCAACCCUUGCUCCACAUCCAGAUGCAGACACGUCCAGAGAAGAGGAGAGAGGAGACCCGGUGUGUGAUUUACGAGCUUCGACGUUUAUCGCGCGAACUGAAUUUUCUAUGAAUCCAAAGGGAGAGAGAGGGAGAGGGUGGGAGAGAAAGAGAGAGAGAGAGAACUCCAGAACCCGAAACUCACCGUCGAAAUACAUAUUGUACUAUGGAGAGGAGAGACGACUCGUUACAGAGCGCGUCGUGCGGCGAAUUUGAUGCGUUUUCGAUCUUGUCGUCA